AUGUCCUUUCAGAAUAUCUACUACAAGCGAGCAGUAGCGACUGCCAAAGCGUGCUAUGUCUGCUAUCGCCCCACGACAACUGUUCUCGCCACGAUAAAUACCGUCGACUUCCUAUACACAUGUCCCUCCCAUCUGACAGAUUUCAACUUCGCAUCUCGUAUCCCUGAUGAAACGGCAAAAUCGGGGACCAUAGUGUCUGCUGAGGAGAUCGAGAAGGUGAAGAGGGAGUGGGAAGAGAAGCAAGCAAGGAAGAAAGCGGAGAAAGAGAAGGCGAAGACUGAGGAAAAGGGGAAAGAGAAAGACACAGAAAACAAGAAGGAUGAGAACAGUGAAUCGUCGAAAGAAGCGUCUCCAAAGCCAGCGACCAGCCCAAGUGCCCCGCCAGUUAAACCGACCCAUGAGCGAUACAGUCUUCAUCGAGAUUUCUUCGCGAUGCGACAGCUGGAACACAAGAAACGAAGACAAGCGGCGCAAGCGAAGUCGCUGGCUCCUCGCCUUCCAGGAGCGCCAACAGGUCCGAUUUCUCCACCAACAGAGGAUAAAUAUUAG